AUGCCAGCUACUCGUAGUGGUCUCUCGUCCACCAAACCCACAGCCACCAAAGUCAAGCCCUUCGCCUGUCCAUGGCCAGACUGCAGCAAGCAGUACACAAGAAAAUACGGCCUCGAGCGCCAUCAUAUCCUCCACACCGGGCAGAAACCAUUAACCUGCCCAACUUGUAGUCAAGCAUUCUCUAACCUUGAGCGACUGGCUUAUCAUUGCAAGACAGACCAUGGCUUCAACCCUGGUCCCAUUUGUCUCAAAACGGACCUGCAUGCUGGGCUGGACUCGUUGACUGGAGCAGAGCUUGUGGCUCUUGCUGCACUCCUAGAGCUCUCGGAAGAACGUCCCUCGUCCCAAUGA